AUGGUUUUUGAACAUCCAUACCAGAGAAGUUUUUGCGUAUUGUUCAUUUCCUUGGCCAUCAUUGUCUACUUCACCGAGCUAAAACAAGAAAAAAAACGUAACAAUGAUAGCACAGCUUUCAAACAGAACGAGGAUUUUAGUGCAACUACAAACAUAAUCCCUUCAGUUGUAGACAAUCGGGAAAACUUUGCGGAAAACUCUUCGGGCUUUAUUUUUAAUACGUUGAGUUUUCUCGACGAUUCCUUUGAUUUAGGUAAUUUAAAAAUCGAUAGUUGGCCAAAUGAAGAGACAGCUGGUUUGGUUUAUAUAUUGGGACUUUUCGAGUUAACAAGCGACGAGGGGAGGACGCCAAGAGGCGAAACCGAAUUAAUGGCGGCCAAAAUGGCAGUAAAACACGUGAACGCUCUUAAUGUUUUGCCCGGGUACAAGCUACAGCUGCUGGUUAACGAUACAAAGUGUGAUCCAGGCGUGGCAAUUGACAGAUUGUUUCACGCCAUCUACUCUGAAAAAACUGUCACUAUGUUAUUGGGAUCGGGCUGUUCCAAUGUCAGUGAAGCAUUGGCACAUAUAGUGCCAUACUGGAACAUUUUGCAAGUUUCAUAUGGUUCAAAAUCUCCAAGUUUGUCCGAUACAAAGAAAUUUCCAUUGUUUUUUCGUACAAUUGCUCCGGAUUCGUCGCAUGACAUUGCCAAAGUUCAUUUUAUCAAGCAUUUCAACUGGCAGGUUGUUGCCACUUUUAGCGAGAGUGAAAAUGCUUACUUGCUGCCAGUAAACAAGCUGAUAACUGACCUGGAAAAAGAGAAUAUAAGUUGUGCAGCUACUGUAACGUUCUCCAUAGAUAAUUAUAAAGACCAGUUAAAAAUAUUGAAGAGUUUGGAUAUACGCAUAAUAAUAAGCAGUUUUUCUUCAAAAAUGGCUUCUAAAAUAUUUUGUGCCAUAUACGAGCUGAAUAUGUACGGCAAUGAAUAUGUAUGGAUCUUGGAAAGGCAAGAAGAUAAAUGGUGGGAAGGAACAUCUGGUUGCAGCCAGGUAAAAUUAAAACAAGCUACCGAAGGCGUAAUCACGGUGGGAGAUUUUGAUAAGCUCCGUCGGGAUCAGUUAUUUAAUGAAACAAAGAAUGAAACUUAUGAACUGUACCGUUUAUUAUCGGAAACUGGUGAGACCAAAAAUGCCAGACUGGCUUACGAUGCUAUUUGGACCAUGGCUUUGACUUUAAGAGAAAGUCAUGUGGGUAUGUUGGAAGAUUUUAACUACAAUAACAAAGAAAUGGCCUGUUUAUUUGUAAAAACAAUGAGAAACUUGGAAUUUAUUGGCAUAUCUGGUCCGAUAAAAUUUACUGGUGCUGAUAGAGUAGGAGAUUUUGUAAUCAGCCAGAUUCAAGACGGCCGCAUAACUGAUGUGGCGUUAUACGAUUCAAUUAAAGAUAAACUGAAUUUCGCUUGCAAUGGCUGCCAAAAGAUUUACUGGUAUAAUGGACUGAUACCGAUUGCUCAACGAAUUUUAAAAGAGACACUGGUUAAUAUACCAAACGCUCUGUAUAUUAUAAUUUGUGGAAUUUCUUUGAUGGGUAUAGCGAUAUCUCUAGUAUUCUUAUAUUUCAAUAUGAGAUUUCGACAGUUGAAGACAGUAAAACUUUCUAGUCCAAAUCUUAACAACAUCGCUGUAGUAGGUUGCAUUUUAGUUUAUAUCUCCGUUGUGUUAUACGAAGUUCACAAUAUAACCAAAAUGUGGCAACCAUAUGCCGACGAGUUAUGUUCGAUUAACGUUUACUUGCUGUCUGCCGGUUUUUCUCUAACUUUUGGCUCGAUCUUUGCCAAAACGUACCGAGUUCAUCGUUUAUUCGCCUACACAACAGCCGGCCUCGUUCGAGAUAAACUGCUCAAAGACCAGCAUCUAAUCGGCCUGAUAUUGAUUCCUUUAUUCAUAGACACUGCAAUAAUGAGCUUAUGGUUGGCGGUGGAUCCCCUAAAUAAGCGACUGUAUAAUUUACUGCUCGAAAUUAGUCCAGACGAUCCCAGAGUGGUUUAUCAGCCCCAGAUUGGUAUAUGCCAAUGCCAGAACACUAUAGGAUGGUUCAUAGCCUUAUUUGGAUACAAAGGUCUAAUUCUGAUAAUGGGGGCAUAUAUGGCCUGGAAAACACGACAUGUCAAGGUUCCAGCACUUAAUGAUUCCCACUAUAUCGGAAUUUGUGUAUACAGCUGCGUAUUUUGCACAGUUAUAGUUAUCGUGUUCAGUUUUGUCACCGACUAUUUCAUUUUAAGCUACAUCGCCAAAACAACAAGCAUAUUGAUAUCGACGACUAUAGUUGUAGUGUUGAUGUUUGUGCCAAAGUUAAAGUCAAUAUUUUGCAAAGUAGAUGAAGAGGUUAAUAUAAUGCAGACUAUGGGAUUGAAGGUAGAGUAUAAUACGAGAAGAUUCAUUGCUGAUGAUUCAAAAGAAGCUUUGAAUCGUUUGGAGAUUCAAAACAGAGUUUAUAAGGCUCGACUUGAAGAUCUCGAUAAAGAAAUCGCUUAUUUAGAAGAUUUGUUAAAGAACUAUUCUUCGAGUGAUUUAAACAAAGCACAUACAGAAAUAUUUCACGUAACCGCAGAUUUGAACUACUUUCGUAUACCUCGUUCGUCGUGGCCUACUUGGGACAACAGAACUAGCAUUAAACAGUUUUCUUCUGAACAUAAAUUGAACAACGUGAAAAUCUCGGAAAAAUUAAAUAUUUUGGGUAAACUAAAACGGUUGUUUGGAAGCAUUACGUCUUUGGGAAACAACAAAAUCGAUAGCAGGCAAGAAGGAAGCCGGGAAAACGAGGUGUUGAGGUCCAAUCCGGAGAUUUUUAGCAGGCUUUAUGUUCCUGUUAAUCAGGAUUUCGGUGGGAUAAGUUCGGAGGCAUGUGUUAGAAAGUCUUAUUAGAGGCAAAUUGCGAAGACUAGCUUUAGACGAAUUAAAAUAAAUUCUUUUUAGUCCGUGUUAAGAAAAAAAGUAUUUUGAAAUAGAUAUCUAUAGUUCUGGUGUUAAUUUUUGUACCAAAAUUAAGAUCAAUAUUUUGCAACGUUUAUUAUAAACUUAUUCUGGUUUUCCUACAAUUUUUUUUAUUAUUUUGUUUUUUUAUAUUGGUUAGCAGAUUUAAACUACCUUCGUAUACCUCGGUCGUCGUGGCCUACUAGAACUAAUUGUGGCCUAAUUGAACAACGUGAAAAACUCGGAAAAAUUAAAUAUUUUGGGUAAACUAAAACGGUUGUUUGGAAGCAUUACGUCUUUGGGAAACAACAAAAUCGAUAACAGGCAAGAAAGAAGCCGGGAAAUCGAGGUGUUGAGGUCCAAUCCGGAGAUUUUUAGCAGGCUUUAUGUUCCUGUUAAUCAGGAUUUCGGUGGGAUAAGUUCGGAGACAUGUGUUAGAAAGUCUUAUUAGAGGCAAAUUACGAAGACUAGCUUUAGACAAAUUAAAAUAAAUUCUUUUUAGUCCGUGUUAAGA